CUUCCCAUUGCCCAGCGAGGCCGUGUCAUAAAUUGCCUCAGCUGAUGCACAAGGAAUGCUCUAUGUAACCAAGUAACCAACCAGCUGCUUCUGGAACACUUUUUAGCCACGCGAAUGGCUUGGGUUACCGCCUUGACAGCGAGCUUCGGUGCCGUGCUCUAUGCUCUGGCUUACCUGGCUUCCUGGUUCUAUGGGCUGUUCAGUGUACUAGCCUCGCCAAUGUGGAUCCUAGCUCAUGCCAUCCUCUAUGUGCUCCUUUCUCCACUAAGGCUUCUAAUCAAAUUCGAGGCCAUUCUUAGCUACUUCACAGUAGCCGCAUUGAUGGGGGUAAUCCUGGGAAUAUCAAUUCAUUAUGCGUCGUCGGUUACUGUGGAGGCGAUUCAUCAAUGGUCCGGUUCACUGAAUGACCCAGCUCGCCCUAGGCGGAAUAGUUUCCAUGGACGUCUACUUGAUAAAGUCAAAAGAGGGACUUCUCCAAGCGAUUCCAACGCGACCGACGAGAAUAUGCCGGAGUGAUAGACCGACGCGAGGGAUAGGCUCAAACCGAUGAGAACCUGGGCAUCGUCUACACGAUCCUGAUCCUCGAAGGGGAAGAAAAAACAGCAGCCGGGCCGAGGAAUGACGGGACGCUUUAAACUAAAUCAUGAGCAUACAGUGGGCAUGUCAGCGGAAAGUGUAGUGAUUACGUCUGUACUAUAUAUUUUUCACAUUAGCAUGUGUUAGCUUAUUUCGCAGUAGACUAUUACGCCUCUGAGCGGUUCGACCGAAUGCAUGACAGAUACUAGCGGAGGCAGACGGAUCCUCGCUGGCGGACGGGGCUGGUAAUCUCCGGGUUAAUUGACGCAAUCAAUCCGCGACAGUCUGGAUGGACCCUGCCGCUCAUCCAAUUCCCCACUGCAAUUAUACUUUCAUGAGACUCAAAGAAGACUCUCCCUCAUCUUAUCUUAAUAAACUAUUAGGAUGGC